AGCUUAGCCGUGGCUGCCUUUUCUAUCCCGUGAUGGAGGAUUGUGAACAUGGCGCCCUCCAAAACAAACCAUUAGGUGUCUGGCUGUGUUUUGUUGUUUUGUGACGGCGAAUGGAGCUUCAAGUAGACCCGAAAUACUAGUAGUUGUCGCUUUGUUUGUGAAGCUUGUCUGGGUUCGCUGACAAGUUAGCUAGCUUAGGUUUUACCAAUCAACAAGCUAAGUUGAGAUGAAUAAGGAAGUCAUGUCACGUGUGGUGAAGAAGAGGCAGGCGGACCCCAAGGUGGUCCAGUACGUGUGGGCGGCCAUCGAGGUCGUCCGCAACCAGAAACAAAUCGCAAACAUGGACAGGAUCUCAAAGUACCUGAGCCGUGUGUUUGGCAUGCACCCUAAGGAGACUGCCCGACAGCUGAGCUUGGCCGUGAAGGACGGCCUGGUGGUGGAGACCCUGACCGUCGGCUGCAAGGGCUCCAAGGCCGGCAUCGAGCAGGAGGGAUACUGGCUGCCCGGGGAUGAGAUGGAGCCGAAAGCCGAGGGAAGCAAGGAGUGGGAGGCAGAGAGCCACGACUGGUACUGCUUCGAGUGUCACCUACCGGGCGACGUCCUCUCGUGCGACAACUGCUUCCGGGUUUACCACCUCAAAUGUCUGGCGGACGAGUUCAAGCCCAGAGACGGAGGAUCCCACUGGCAGUGUGUCGCCUGCAGGGGCAGUAAAAAGAAGAACCUGAACAAACAGGAGAUGAGUAAAUACCUGCGCUUCAUCGUCCAGCGUAUGAAGGAGAGGGCCGUGGACCUGCACAAGAAAGGCAAAGACACUAAACAUCCCAUGUACAAACGGCUGAUCCACACUGCGCUGGAGGUCUCAAACAUCCAGGAGAACCUGUCUGAAGGAAAGUAUAAAAGCUUCGAGGAGUUCAAAGCAGACGCUCAGCUGAUAGUUCACAACACUUCCAUCUUGUAUGGAGUUCACAGCGACCAGGCGGAGAUCGCGCGGCUGCUCUUCAGCGACACAUGCCAUGAGUUAAAUGAGUUGUUGUUGUGUAAGAACUGUUUCUACCUGUCGAACGCCCGGCCAGACAACUGGUUCUGUUACCCCUGUAGCCCCAACCACGACCUGGUGUGGGCCAAGAUGAAAGGAUUUGGCUACUGGCCGGCCAAAGUCCUUCAGAGGGAUGAAAACCAGGUGGACGUACGCUUCUUUGGCCACCAGCACCAGAGAGCGUGGAUCCCCUCGGACAACAUCCAGGACAUCAAGGUGAGCGUCCAGCAGCUGCAGGUGAAGCGCAGCAACGGCUGGAAGAAGGCGUGCGAGGAGCUGGAGGUCUACCAGCGCUUCCUAAGGGAGGGCCGCUUCUGGAAAACAAAGAUGGAGGAAGGCACCAUGCAGUCACACCAGCAACUGCAACAGAACCUGAACCAGAGCCAGAGCCAGAACCAGAGCCAGAGCCAGCCGCAGCAGCAGGAGGGCAGCGGGAGGACGGACAGGCUGGAGCGGACAGACGAAGCCGAGUCCAGCAUCUCCUCCACCAGCAACGAGCAGGUCCGACAUCUCAAAAGCAGCCUGGAGCCCAAGGCCAAGAAAAGCCGUCGAACUCAAAUAGUCAAACCCAAAGAAGAAGCCAGUUCUGUGCUUCACUGCUCGUCUCUUCACCAGGACCCGGAGCCCGAGAUGGAGGCGGUCAGCUCCAGCCAGGAGAUCCCCGUGUCCUCGGCGCCCCAGCAGCCCGAGAAGCUGUCGGUGUCCACGCAGACCAAGAAGGCCAGCGGCGGGUCGCCGCGCACGCUCCACCGCGGCACGCAGACCAGCAGCGACGGCGCCUGCCAGAACAUGUGCCACGAGAAGUACACCAAGGUCUUCAACGACGUCAAGGAGAUGAUGAAGGCCGACAACAAGCGGGAGACGGAGAGGGUCGUCCGAGAGGCUCUGGAGAAGCUCCGCGCCGAGAUGGAGGAGGAGAAGCGGCAGGCGGUGAGCAAGGCGGUGGCCGGAGCUCAGACGGAGAUGGAGCGGAAGUGUAAACAGGUGAAGGAGAAGUGUAAAGAGGAGCUGGUGGAGGAGGUGAAGAAGGUGGUGGGCCAACACAAACAGCUCAUCUCCCAGACCAAGAAAAAGCAGUGGUGUUACAAUGCGAGGAGGAGGCCAUGACCACGCGCUGGAACACACGUACUGCUCCAUGCAAGUGUCAGCAGGAGCACUGCACGCCACCACAAACGCACCUCCGCAUAGAGAUGAACACAGCCACGCCCCUUCCCCCCUCCUCCCUUCUGAUUCACCAGCAGCAUGGUCUCGCUUCCUCUCGUCAGUCAGUGUCUACAACACACACACACACACACCACCACACACACACCACCUACCGACACCACACCCACUCUCCUGCUUUCUUAUUGCCUUCCUGAAAACUUUGUGGACCCGAUGUUUUCUGCGUGAAAAGAGCAAUUUGUUCCCUUGUUGUUGUUGUUGUUGUUGUUUUUUAAUUUUGUUUGUAUUAUUUAACAUUGUGUUGAUUUUUUUUUUUUUUCUUCUAUCUUCGUGUUUUUUGUUCUAUCCCUCUAAAAAAGCGAACAGAUUGCUCGAGAGCGUGGCUCAAACGCAGGGUUACGGUAUGGAUCUUUGUGUUGGUUUCUUAUUCAGAUUUCUUUUCUUUUGUUUUGUUUUCUCUUUCUUUACUGAAGUGCUGAUUUUGAGCUCGUGUCCGAGAAUGUGUUAUUUAAGUGUGUAGUACACAGACGCGCGUCGACCGAGAAGAUUUUAUUACCUGAAUUUUUAGAUACAAUUUUUUUUAAAAAAAUCACUUUUUUUCUUACUGUAAAUGCAAUCUUACAAGAAAACACACCGUGAGUAAUGUCGCAUCAUCAUCAUCAUCAUCAUCAUCAUCAUCAUCAUCAUCAUCAUCAUCAUCAUCAUCAUCAUCAUCAUCAUCAUCAUCAUCCGCGCUCCGCUUCCUUAGAGAAAACCUAUUUAAAAAAAACAAAAAAUUUAAAAAAGACAAAAAACUACCUAAGGUGUUAAUUUGUAGACGACUUGGCUCCCCGACGUUAACACACACACACACACACACACACACACACACAUAUAUAUAUUUAUUUCAUGAAACUGUUGCUGUGACGACUAGCACCUUUUUAUCCUUUCUACCUAAAACUCGUAUCGUGCUCAAGUCAUUUAUUGGGAACAGGGUCACGAGGUCGGCGUUGAAAAGACGUCGACAAAAUAAAUCUCCGAUGUAUUGUUGUGAUAAUAUUAAUAUGCACAUUUUGGGGCUCUCCUUUUUUGUUGUUUUUGUGUGAAUAGACGUUUUUUUUUGUACGAGUCAGAUAUUAAAAGAAACAUUUUAAUUGGCUGUAAAUUGGGGAAUUGUAGAGCGAUCUUCCCUGAGCUGGAUCUUAGAGAGGUUUUCAUAACUUGACAGUCCCCCCCCCCCCCCCCACACACACACACACACACUUUCUCUUUUCAACCCAAAUGCGUGUAAUAUUGCCAAAAAAAAAGAAAAAUCUGACACUUGAUGUGGCGUGUCCCCCCCCCCCUCCCCCCCCCCCCACGCCCCUCCUCCAAAAACCUUCAAAUAGCAAUGAUGUACAUUUUUUUUCCGAGCGUCGCCAGUGUCCAAUUUUUUAAUACUUUUUUUAUUAUUAUAGUGAUGUAAACUCAAAAUUCCUUUCUCUUUUUUCUUAACCCCGAGUGACUCUUUCACUGCUUACGCUGUAGUUAGAGGUCAGUGCCUCUCUUUCUUUUCUUCUUUUUGGGGCUUUCUCAUCCUCACACUACGGGAAACAUGCAUGUUGAUAGUUUCAUAGUUUCCGUUUUUCAUUCAUUACGGUAAAACCGAAACACCAGAAAACCAGAAAACACAAAAAAAAAAGCCCAGAAGCUCGCUGGUAGGAUUGGGCAUCGGGAGACGAUUUCUACUCGGAAAUCUGAUUCCAGUGGAAUCAUUUCUUAUUAGAGUCGUUUGCAAACCAUCACUUUUUAACAUUUUACAUUUUAACACGCGCAGGUUGAGGUUUCCGGGAGCGGCCAGGCGCUUGUUGUGCUGCAGCCGUGGAGCACCGUAAGCCACGCUCUAGUGUGGCUUUAUUUUACUUUGAAAAACCGCCAACCACCAAUUGAAUCAAAACAAAAACGUUCCUCUUUGUUUGUGAAAAUAGGCAUGUGACCCCGUUUCAACGCCGCCCCUCUCAAAGAAUGGAGAACCGAUUAGAUCCCGGGAUUGAAAGGAAGGAACGGAAUUAAAAUCAGAAUUAAGUUAAAACCCCGAACGAUGCCCGACCCUAACUCCUAAUUUCCACCGGUUGCGUAACGUCUUCGGAUGCGCUCCGGAACGGCUGCAGAGUCGUUAGGUUUCCCUUAAAGUCGAUGCGUGUCAUCGUGUGUCCGGACGCCGGAGAGCUCCGCGGCAAUUCAGCACACGGCAGAUUGUGCCGGACAGGAAGUCGAGCACAGAAACCAAAUAAAACAUCCGGUUAAUUUUCAAAAUAAAAUACGUCAUGCUCACAGCGGAGCUUAUCUCCCUGCACCACGCCUUGAAAACACAGGGUUGUUUCCUCUCUGUUCUUCUGGAUGGAAAAACAACCUUUUGUUGGUUUUGUGGUUUCGCGGUUCUAGUCUACGUGAAUUCGCGAGAUCUCGUGACGGGUCCUCGUGAUUUCAGCUGUCAGUCACGGCCGCAGCCGUUCCGCAUCGAAUCCAGAACCUGGUGGGCGUCGAGGGGCGGAGCCGACGCACAGCUGUUCACAACCGCUUGAAAUCAGGAGUCACCUGACCCGGCGCCGCUGUGGUUGGGGGGUCAGGGCCCGUCUCGCCUUUUUUUUCUUUUUUUUUGGUUUUUCGGUUCCUCACCCUCACACUAAAGACGACGUGCAUGUUCAUAGUUUCAUAGGUUUUUUUCUUUCUCGCUCGCUGGUGUUUAAUAACGAGCAGUGACGACGGAUGGACCGAUAUAAAACAAUAUGCAAAUGUGAAAUGAGCAAAUUCAAUCUUUUCUAUUGUGUUGUUGUUGUUUUUUUUCCAGCACUGGGUGUCGAUGGUUUAUAUGAAUAUGGUAUUUGGAAACUUUUUCUUCUUCUUCUUCUUCUUCUUCCAAAAUGCGGCAAUAAAAUUGCCAGUUUUUGAUUUUUUUUCUUUUGAGGCAGUGUGACUUUUAAAGUUUCCUGUUUGACCGUUUCCUCGGUAAUGACGACGUGACUGAACGGAGGAACGGUGAAAUACUCAGACGCAGCGCUCUGUGCUUCUGUUACCACGACGAAUAAAAUACCCUAAAUGCUCACAUAGUGGGCAGGGCCCUUUUUUUUUUUUUAACGAUUUUGAUCUUGAUCUUGAUUUUGAUCAUCUUUAAAUUCACCUCAACUAAAGAGAGAAUCCGACUUUUAUGGCAAACUCUUUUUUUUUUUUUUUUUUUUUAAAGUCCCGUUGCUUCUUUUUGCUGUAAAUGAAAACGCAUCACUUCCUCCGUCAGUGCAGCCGCAAAUACACACACUACUUUUACCUGGUGUGUACUACCACAUCACGUACUAAGCGUAUCCGGGCUGUACUACCUAUCAGUUGCCAUGGUGAUUUCUGCGUUACUCUCCCAUUCAACAGGAAGUAACGCAACACGCGAGCCGACGGACAAAACAAAAUGUUUUUUUAAGAGUUUUUGUACUUUUUCAUCCCGAUAUAUUUCUGUAGCUGGUACUCCCGAUUCUGUACUACAUACUACUACUCUGAAUAGAGCGUGUACUAUAUACCCUUAUACUGUUUUUGCACUUACUACACACAAAGUACACACAUUUGAAUCGCAGUUUAAAUUGCAGCUUUGUACUUUAACUGCCAGUCGAACUUAUUAAGUUUUUACAAAAUCUUGGGAAUGGUUUUCUUUUGUUUUGCGUAGUAGCUCCUCCAAGUCCCUUUUUGUCAACUUUUAUUAUUUCCGUUAUUGAUUAAUUUCCAUGUAUUUGAUUUAGUAUUACUAGUUUUGUCCGUUCAACACCAAAAGGUAUUCAAUUCAAAUCAAAUAGAAGAGAAGCAAAUCCUCACUUUUGAGCAAUAACAUAUUGUUUUGCUUGAUUGUUUUAUUUGAUCAGUACUUGUCCAAAUUGGUGCAUAUUAAUGUUUUUAAUAAUUUGUUUUUUUUUCUCAGUGUAAAGUCACUCUAGACUCAGAACUUGCUGAGAAUUGGUGUGAUGUAUGGAACUGGGACAUUAUUAUAAAAAUCUCCUUCUUUUACCUGGGAAGGCUUUUAUUGUGGAAUGUGUACAGGAAGUGGGAAGAUUUAGCCACGUUUCGCCCCGACAAAACAUAGCAAAUGGGGAUUUUAGACUGAAACUGCUGCCUUGUCAUUACCAGGAGUUUACCACACCGUUUAGAGACUAAACGUCCCCCAGCUGUCCCAUGGUUUGGUUAUUGUCAACAAAUCCCAUGUUAGUCCGUCUCUUAAUAUCGUCUGACUUCCUGUAUGUGUCUCUCGGCUCCAAGCUUAUUGGUUCUUGCGAAAGUCUUUUAAAACAACAAACAUGUAGUUUCUACAUAUACAGCUGGUCACUGUAGUUUUUUAAUCAAUCAAACAGGAGGAAGUAGUGCAGUAGUUUGGACUAUUUUUAUCCGCGGAUUAAUCCACAUUUGUGUGUGUGUGUGUGUGUGUGUGUGUGUGUGUGUGUGUGUGUGUGUGUGUGUGUGUGUUGUGUGUGUGUGUGUGUGUGUUUGUGUGUACAAGUGUUUUUAACAACAACGCAGCUCUAUGACACAGAGGAAGAAGAUAAAUCAGGCUAUGAAACACAGAUAAUACUUGUCAAUUAAUACAUUGUAAUAAAAAAAUAAAAAAGGGCCCACUAUUAGAGAAUUUACGGUAACUGUUCCACACUUUAAAGACUUUUAUUUAGACCAUUUCCUCUCACCUCUCGAGUCUUUUCUUUGGAAACUCCUUUAAGUGUAUCACUUUAAGAUGUAACAUGUUAUUGUACAGUUUGACCUCUCUGUUCUUAUCUCGCGAUUUCUGCAGCUUGUGAUUUAUUUUUGGAUUUCUGGAAAGAGUUUUAACGUUUUCUUGUGUUUUUCCUCACAUUUCUCCCCCCCUCCAUUUUGUUUCUUAUCACCAUUGCACUACAUGUAAAUAGAUAUCUCGUCCUUCAUAUUAUAUGUGCAUUGUAAAAGGAUUCACCGAUAUUAGGUUUCAGUUGGUUUUCUUCUUCUGUGUUCACAGUGAUCUGAAUGACUGUUAGUUCUAGUUUUGUACAAUGUACAACCGUUUAUCAUAUAUCAGUUGUUUUUCAUUUUAUAACACCGUUCCACUGCACCUGUGAUUUAUCCGAUUAUUUCAAAACGGCAUGUUGAAAACCAAGCCAACACACGGCAUGUUGUCCCAGACACACUUUGUUAAAGGCGACAUGUUUUAUGUUUCACUCUGUUUUUAUAUUCGUCCAUCCAGCCGUUUAUAAAAAGAAAAAAAGUUUUUUGAUGUCAUUCCAGUUUUUUUUUGUCAUUUUUUUGUCAUUUUUGUCAUUUUUUACUGCAUGAGUAAAAGGUGUGUGUGUGUGUGUAUCUCCGGCUCCUUUUUUUUUUCUUUUUUUUCUUUUUGUAAUGUAAAAAGAAAAAGAUGCAAUAUGACAAUGAUGUUUUAUUUUACAUUUUUUAUGGUUGAGCUAAACAUCUUUUGAAGCCGUUUUCAGCCUGGAAAAAAAGUGAGUAAAUCGAUCCGAUUGUGGUCCAUAAGCCGACGUUUCGCUCUUCUUAUUCCACAGUAUUACAGUACAUAAUACUAUGUGAGUAUAAGAUGAAAUUACAGAGUUUUUAUGUACUUCAAACUGGAAUAAAACCAGUGUAAAGUUUCCUUUUAUCUCCUGUUCUGUCCAUAUGUAAACUAUUAAUUGUGGCUUAACAUUUUCUAUCCUCCUCAACAUUUUUUUUUUUUUUUUUUUUAUGCUUUAGCUAGCAAUAUGUAUAUAAAUAUAUUCUAUGUGCUAACAUGGAGGAAAUAAAUGUAUCAACAAGUU